AGAAGAGCCAAAACAGGAACAGGGGUGGCAAAUCACUGGGCGAGGGCGCGUGGACCUCCCUCCCUGCCUCCUCCUCCCUGUUCCAGGCGCAGAUCCCCUGGGCUCUGUGCUGUUGGGGAAAGACAGAGCUUCACAUUCAAGCAAGUGUAUUAAGCCUGGGAGUUUCCGUUCAGCACCUCGGACAGAACACGCAGCAAAAAAAUGGCUCCGAUCACCACCAGCAGGGAAGAAUUUGACGAAAUUCCCACAGUGGUGGGGAUCUUCAGUGCCUUUGGCCUCGUCUUCACAGUUUCUCUCUUUGCCUGGAUCUGCUGUCAGAGAAAAUCAUCCAAGUCCAACAAGACUCCUCCAUACAAGUUUGUACAUGUGCUUAAAGGAGUUGAUAUUUAUCCUGAAAACCUAAAUAGUAAAAAGAAGUUUGGAGGAGAUGAAAAGAAUGAAGUCAAGAAUAAGCCAGCUGUGCCAAAGAAUUCACUGCAUCUUGAUCUUGAGAAGAGAGAUCUCAAUGGCAAUUUCCCCAAAACGAAUGUCAAAGCUUGCAGCCCUCCUGAUCUGGAUAGUGUAACCCACAAGGUCUUUCCAGAAGGAGAAAAAGAGGCAGUGUCCCCUGAUAGCCUAAAAUCCAGCACUUCCCUUAGUUCAGAAGAGAAACAAGAGAAGCUGGGAACCCUCUUUUUCUCCUUAGAGUACAACUUUGAGAAGAAAGCCUUUGUGGUGAACAUCAAAGAAGCUCGUGGCUUGCCAGCCAUGGAUGAACAAUCCAUGACCUCUGACCCCUACAUCAAAAUGACGAUCCUCCCAGAGAAGAAGCACAAAGUGAAAACCAGAGUGCUGAGAAAGACCUUGGACCCAGCUUUUGAUGAGACCUUCACAUUCUAUGGGAUCCCUUACACUCAGAUCCAAGAGCUGGCUCUGCACUUUACCAUCUUGAGUUUUGACAGGUUUUCCAGAGAUGAUAUCAUUGGAGAAGUCCUUAUGCCUCUUACAGGAAUUGAAUUGUCUGAUGGAAAAAUGCUAAUGACCAGAGAGAUCAUCAAGAGAAAUGUUAGGAAGUCCUCUGGCCGGGGCGAGUUACUGAUCUCUCUCUGCUACCAGUCCACCACAAAUACUCUCACUGUGGUUGUCUUAAAGGCUCGACACCUGCCUAAAUCUGAUGUGUCUGGACUUUCAGAUCCCUAUGUAAAAGUGAAUCUGUACCAUGCCAAAAAGAGAAUCUCCAAAAAGAAGACGCACGUGAAGAAAUGUACCCCCAAUGCGGUGUUUAAUGAACUGUUUGUGUUCGAUAUUCCUUGUGAGAGUCUUGAAGAAAUAAGUGUGGAAUUUCUAGUUUUGGAUUCCGAGAGAGGGUCCCGAAAUGAAGUGAUUGGGCGGUUGGUCCUGGGUGCAGCAGCCGAAGGAACGGGUGGGGAACACUGGAAGGAAAUCUCUGACUUCCCCCGGAGACAGAUUGCCAAGUGGCACAUACUUUGUGAUGGUUAGCAUCCUAGUGAUGUGCUGACACUGAAGGGAUUUUACUAAGCAAGGAACAAUUUUCUUUCUUAUGUGUGAUUGUAAGCUUGUGACUCAAGCUAUCAUGUUUUUUUCUUUUUUGAUAGAGGUGGAUUGAAUUAGCAUAACAGACAGUAACUGUAAAUGUGUAUCAUGAUACUUUCCCCUUUAUUAGAGAAGUUGGAUAAAUCGUCAUAACACAUUCAGUUUCCCUGUAGUGCUAUAAAUGGGGAUAGCCAAGCCUUUAAUGAGCACUCUACCAUAAUCCCAA